AUGGAGGAUGCACUUAGCGCACACGUUGGCAUGUUGAAAGGCGCCAAAGGUCCCAGUGUAUACGUAAUCGACUGCAAGGGACACCUACUGGGAAGAUUGGCCUCGAUAAUCGCCAAGGAGCUUCUAAACGGCCAGAGAGUAGUCGCCGUGAGGUGCGAAGAUAUCAACAUAUCAGGCAGCUUGUACAGAAACAGACUAAAGUACCAGGAGUUUCUGAGACUCCGAACGAACACGAACCCUAAGAAGGGACCUCUACAUUUGAGAGAGCCGUCCAAGAUUCUGUGGAGAUGCGUCAGGGGAAUGUUACCACACAAAACGUACAAGGGAAAAAUUGCCCUUAAAAAACUGAAGGUAUUCGUAGGAAUGCCAUACCCAUAUGAUAAAAAGAAGAAGUACGUCUUACCUAGUGCUUUGAGAGCAUUCAGAUUGAAGAAGCAUAGAAGAUAUUGUCGACUCGGAACGUUAAGUUCCCGAGUGGGUUGGAACUAUGAUGAGUUAGUGAAGAAAAAUGAAAUAUCAAGAAAAAAGCUGAGUAAGUUAUAUUACAAAAAGAAGGUGACGGUCCUGAAUGAGAAGAAGAGCUUAAAGGCGGAGGCGCUGAAUAUGAUAAACCCUGAGGAGCGCAAGGUGUUGGAGAAUUUUGGUUACGCGUAG